AUGACAACCACAAAUGAGGCUCUAUUAGAUAAACUUUCAAGGAUAAGAGAGUUGAAGAGUAAGAAGAAUCAAGCGUUAGCUCAAGGUAAAAAGGAUUUGGUGAAGAACUUUAGAGAUCAAAAACUUGCAUCAUCACGUCAAGCAGAACUUAACUCUAAUAAUACUGAGAAUCAAGAAUCAUCUUCUCCUAAAUCAUCCAAAGAUAAAGAUGAUUCAGAUAGUAGGAAAAGAGUACUACAGUAUACUAUUGAAGAAUCAGAACUAUGGGAUAGGAAACAGAAACAACUCAAGAAGAAUCAAAGGAAACAUGGUUAUCAAAAUAUGAAUACCUUGGCAGAAAGCUCAUACAAUAAGGAAAUUAAAGAGUUAGUGGUGGAUAAGGAUUCUUAUAAUUCACUGAAAGUAGAUAAUGAUGAUAAGUCUAAUAAGAAAUCAGUUCAACUUGUUAAUCAUAAACCAUCAAAAGAAGCUGUCAAUCAAUUAGUACUGAAUAUAACACAAUCAACUGAUCGGAAAUCAUCUAAAAGAAACAACAAACAAGAUGAUGAUACUUCUGGUUAUAUUAAUGAUAAGAAUAAACAGUUCAAUAAGAAGAUAGAUAGACAGUAUGGUUCAUGA